AUGGAUAGUCUUGUUGUGUCGCGUCUUGAUCAUCGUCGUGGCUCGCAACUGCCAUUGAUAAGAAAAUCCAAGAAAGACAAAAAGUCUAAACCAAAGAAUGAUGUGCACAACCAGGUGACCCCUCUUCCUGAGCUAAUUGCCGAGCCAACAAAUGCAAGAUCAGUGUCCUUUGUUGGAACACACGAGUACUUGGCCCCAGAGAUCAUCAAGGGUGAAGGGCAUGGAAGUGUUGUGGACUGGUGGGCAUUUGGGAUAUUCCUGUAUGAGCUUCUGUUUGGUAGAACACCAUUCAAAGGUCCUGCAAACCGUGCAACUUUGUUCAAUGUAAUUGGUGAGCCUCUAAGAUUUCCAGAAUCUCCAACUGUUAGCUUUGUUGCCAGAGAUUUGAUCAGAGGGGAGGAGCCCUAA